AACCAAAAAAAAAAAAAAAAAAAGAGCAGCAGGAAAACCGAAAGCUGAAAUGCAGUCUGAGUGAAAGCAGAGCAAGAGAAAGACCGAAAACAGUUUGAACAAACAGGGUCAGUUUGCUCAAACGGGUGCCAGAAAGAGCUUAUAUCGGCGAGCCAAAAACAUGGAGACCUAACCUUUCCGCUGGAACUGUGAUCUUGCUCCGACCGGACAGCAGCAUUGUUUUCACCAGACAUGUAUGCGUUUCUCUUGAGUGCGAUCAGCUGUCUCUGUUUCCUUCAAGGAGGUGUUCUUUCGGAAGAAUGCAGUCAGAGCGUUCUUGGGAAACGUGAAACUUUCCCGGUGGCUUCGGGGAGCAGUUUGUCUCUGUCUUGUGUGGUUCAACACUGUGGACACAGCUGGAGCGGCAAAUGGGCGUGGGAGAACACGACAGGGUACAGUACCGAUGUUAAAGACAGCGCGAGGCACCUUCUCUCCAACUUCACACUCGACGCCAACAAAACCAAGCUGAAUUUAAAGAUUGCGGGUGUAAUCCAGUCAGAUGAAGGCUCCUACAGAUGCAAUGUGCAAUGGAGUGACAGAAGCUCUGAUGUGAGCCACUGGAUGCAAGUGAACGUGACGAAAGGUGUUGCCUCUCAGAGAAAAAUACUACACAGGGUUUUGGUCUGCACCGGUGCCUUCCUUUGUCUUCCUGCCAUUCUGGGAUUGGCUCGCUGCCUCAGUUCAGAGGUCAAGCCGCAGCCACAUCCCAGGAUAGAGGUCCUAUAUGCAGCUGUGAACAAUGAUAGAUCACAACAGCCUCCGCAGCCUCUGCCCCGGCGCCCGGUACCAAAGAAACGCACCGCUCCUCCUCACAGAGCUCCACCGACGCCCCAGAAAAAGCCCGAGCUGCUGUAUGCAGACAUUUCUCAGGACGCCCUGAGGAAGCACGAGGCCGAGAGAGAGCCGGUUCAGCCCACCGUCUACUCAUCCGUCAGGUUUUCCCCCUGAUAACAGCAGAAAGAAGAUGGAAAAUAUGGAGCAGCCAAGUUCAACGAUCUAUUUCAAUAGUUUUGGUUCCAGGGUGGGAAUUGUUUCUGUAGCACACAGCUUCAGUGAUUCGAUGUCUUUGAGCCCCCGGUAAGGUCCUGGCAUGAUACUGGCUGGAUAGAAAACCCUCUCAUUAGAAAUGGUAGGUCGUUUAACUGGAUGGUUUACUUGCGGUGACCCAGCUUAGUCCAAGCAUUUUCAAAUAAAAGUUAGUUUUAGGGCCAUUGGAGAAGCUUAAUUUUAUGCAUUUCAAAAGCAGUUUGAUUGUGUAUUUAAGAUCAUUCCCCUACUGGAACACCUUAUUGUGUAGACAUUUCAUCGGCUGAUCUGAGGUAAAGCUGUAGACCUUGGAGUUAGUCCUUCGCUUUUACUCUUUCACCCACUUUGUGCAACCUCCUUUGUGAGAAAACCAGAUCCUCAGCUCCACACCGCUCCCUCCAUGCUUGACACCUGGUGCAGUUUUAUUGGGUUUAAAACCAUCUCCUUGACUUUUCUUAUUUUGACUUGUUUUUCUGUGGACACUGAUGUUUCAACAUCUUCUUGAUCUCCAUCUUCAUGGUAGAUUCUUGCUGGAUCCUGGGUUGCUGCCCAACCUCCCAACCAAUUUCUCUUCGUCUGAGGGUGUAACUUUGGCUUAGAUCGGGGUUCUUCAACCCUGGCUCUCAGGAUCCUCUACCCUGCAUGUUUUAGUUGUGUCUGCUCCACCACAUCUAAAUCAUAUGAUUGGGCCCAUCCAAAUACCUCUGGUGGGUAAGGACUCUUUAGCCAAAGCGGAAGUGCACCAGCGGCCCUGACGCACCAUGUGUGCUGUCUGUAUAGUGCAGUCUGUGAGGAAGGAGGCAGGAAAAGUAGCCUGCGUGCUUCCUCACAUGGCUAAUUUAGUAUGGGAACCACGCAGAGUCUUUUGCUGGUGCCAAGGAGCUGUAAAGAAUCCCACAAUCCUUUGUGCGACAUGACGUACCAGCACAGCCCACCACACAGGAAUCAAUGAAAAUGUCACUUUGUAGUUCAUUUUCACAAGCUGUAGGUCCGUAUUUGACUCAUAUCAUCCAUGUAUGUUUCUGUCAGGUAAUGACGUCAGAGUUAAAGGCUGUCCGAAAUCAACACAGCAGUCCGAAGCUCCUUUCUUACCCACAAUAGAGGUCAUACUGGUGAAGGAGCAGGAGGUAGGAACAGGAGCUAGAAGCUAUUAUUAUUGGUAGUCAGAUGGAGCCAUUGCAUCACCUCCUCAGCAGCCAUAAAGGGCUGCAGAGGCCUGUUAAUCACCCAUUUAUUUAGGUCAGGUAUGUGGAAGCAGGGAAACACCUAAAACAUGUAAGAUAGUGGAUCCUGAGGACCAGGGUUGAAAACCACUGGGUUAGAUAGUUUUAUAUUUUAACACACCUUGGUUUUUCCAACAGAACCAGGAUCCCAAACUCGCAUCAAAGUUGGCUUUAAUAUGAAUAAAACUGGCUGGUACUAUGCUUCCUUUAGUGGCCCGCCCAAGGUCAUAAGGUCAAGUCCAUUGAAAAAUGUAUAGAAAGUCUGAUCUAUGGCAGGAAACUAACUCUAUCCGUUCUAAAAAGAAAAGUGAGGUGCAAGUUCCCGAGGAACGUUUUAGCUAAUAUUGGUUGAAAUGAGAAAACCACAAUAUGUUCGAUGCAAAAACCGUUACAGUUUUUCAUCAGAGGUCAGCUUAUUGAACAGGGUUGGUCUAUACAACCCUAGCCAUACCAGAUACAUGUUUUUUUUUAUGUCCUGUCUUUUAUUGAUUAAACCUUUUUAAAGCAGAAAA